CCCGGCAGCAUGGCGGCGGCGGCGGGCGCCCCUCCGCCGGGUCCGCCGCAACCGCCUCCGCCGCCGCCGCCGGAGGAGUCGUCCGACAGCGAGCCAGAGGCGGAGCCCGGCUCCCCGCAGAAGCUCAUCCGCAAGGUGUCCACGUCGGGCCAGAUCCGUCAGAAGACCAUCAUCAAAGAGGGGAUGCUGACCAAACAGAACAAUUCAUUCCAACGAUCAAAAAGGAGAUACUUUAAGCUUCGAGGGCGGACGCUGUACUAUGCCAAAACAGCGAAGUCAAUCAUAUUUGAUGAGGUGGAUCUGACAGAUGCCAGCGUGGCUGAAUCCAGCACCAAAAAUGUCAACAAUAGUUUUACGGUCAUCACUCCAUGUAGGAAGCUUAUUUUGUGUGCUGAUAACAGAAAAGAAAUGGAAGAUUGGAUUGCAGCUCUGAAGACUGUCCAGAACAGGGAGCAUUUUGAGCCCACCCAGUACAGCAUGGACCACUUCUCAGGGACACACAAUUGGUAUGCCUGUUCCCACGCCAGGCCAACCUACUGCAACGUGUGCCGGGAAGCUCUGUCUGGGGUCACAUCCCACGGGCUGUCUUGUGAAGUGUGCAAAUUUAAGGCUCAUAAGCGGUGUGCAGUGCGUGCAACCAAUAACUGCAAGUGGACCACGCUGGCCUCAAUCGGGAAGGAUAUCAUCGAGGAUGCAGAUGGGAUUGCCAUGCCCCACCAGUGGCUAGAAGGAAACCUGCCCGUGAGCGCCAAGUGCACAGUGUGUGAUAAGACCUGUGGCAGUGUGCUGCGCCUGCAGGACUGGCGCUGCCUCUGGUGCAAGGCCAUGGUGCACACGUCAUGUAAGGAAUCCUUGCAGACCAAGUGCCCAUUGGGCCUGUGCAAAGUGUCAGUCAUCCCCCCCACAGCGCUCAACAGCAUCGACUCUGAUGGGUUCUGGAAGGCCAGCUGUCCUCCAUCUUGUACAAGCCCAUUGUUGGUUUUUGUCAAUUCAAAGAGUGGGGACAACCAGGGAGUGAAGUUCCUCAGAAGAUUCAAACAGCUGCUGAACCCUGCCCAGGUCUUUGACCUCAUGAAUGGAGGACCACACCUUGGCUUACGGUUAUUCCAAAAGUUUGACACAUUCCGGAUUCUGGUUUGUGGUGGGGAUGGCAGCGUUGGCUGGGUCCUCUCUGAAAUCGACAGCCUCAACCUGCACAAACAGUGCCAGCUGGGAGUGCUGCCGCUUGGGACCGGGAAUGACCUGGCGCGCGUGCUAGGCUGGGGCUCGGCCUGUGAUGACGACACCCAGCUGCCCCAGAUCUUGGAGAAGCUGGAAAGAGCCAGCACCAAGAUGCUGGACCGGUGGAGUGUCAUGGCGUAUGAGACCAAACUGCCCCGGCAGGCCUCCUCCUCCACCGUCACCGAGGACUUCAGUGAGGACUCCGAGGUGCAGCAGAUUCUCUUCUAUGAAGACUCGGUGGCAGCCCAUCUUUCCAAAAUCCUGACCUCAGACCAGCACUCGGUAGUGAUCUCCUCGGCUAAAGUGCUCUGUGAGACGGUGAAGGACUUUGUGGCCCGGGUAGGGAAGGCCUAUGAAAAGACAACUGAGAGCUCGGAGGAGUCAGAGGUCAUGGCCAAGAAGUGCUCUGUCCUGAAGGAGAAGCUGGACUCGCUCCUUAAGACCUUGGAUGACGAGUCCCAGGCCUCAUCCUCACUGCCCAACCCACCCCCCACCAUCGCCGAAGAGGCUGAAGAUGGCGAUGGGCCUGGAAGCAUCUGCAGCUCUACCAGGGACCGCUCAGUGGCAAUGGCCUGUCCAGCUCGGCCUCAGAUAUUUCGGCGCCGGGAACAGCUCAUGCUAAGGGCUAACAGCCUGAAGAAAGCAAUUCGCCAGAUCAUAGAACACACAGAGAAAGCUGUUGAUGAGCAGAACGCCCAGACGCAAGAGCAAGAGGGGUUCAUGCUGGGUCUCUCUGAGACAGAGGAGAAGACGGACAGCAGGGUGUGCCUGUCCCAGAGCGAGAGCUGUGUGGCUGCUAAAGGGAGGAGCCAGCGCAAAGUGUCUAAAGCCCCCUGUGAAAAGGUGAUCAGCAAAGGAAGUCUGUCGCUGGGCAGCUCUGCCUCUCUUCCCCCCCAGUCGGGGAGCCGGGACGGCCUGCCUGCGCUGAACACCAAGAUCCUGUACCCGAGUGUUCGGGCUGGGAUGUCCGGGUCCUUGCCAGGGGGUUCAGUCAUCAGUCGCUUAUUAAUUAACGCUGAUCCCUUUAACUCCGAACCAGAAAACCUAGAGUGUUAUACAGAGAAAUGUGUCAUGAACAACUAUUUUGGCAUUGGCCUGGAUGCAAAGAUAUCCCUGGACUUCAACAACAAGCGUGAUGAACACCCGGAGAAGUGCAGGAGUCGAACCAAGAACAUGAUGUGGUAUGGUGUCCUCGGCACCAAGGAGCUGCUGCACAGAACCUACAAGAACCUGGAGCAGAAGGUCCUGCUGGAGUGUGAUGGGCGACCGAUCCCACUGCCCAGUCUUCAGGGAAUUGCUGUCCUCAACAUUCCCAGCUAUGCUGGAGGGACCAACUUCUGGGGGGGCACUAAGGAAGAUGAUACUUUUGCAGCUCCGUCAUUCGAUGACAAGAUUUUGGAGGUGGUCGCCGUGUUUGGCAGCAUGCAGAUGGCAGUCUCUCGAGUAAUUAAGCUGCAGCAUCACCGAAUCGCCCAGUGUCGCACGGUGAAGAUCUCCAUCCUGGGGGAUGAGGGCGUACCUGUGCAGGUGGAUGGAGAGGCCUGGAUCCAGCCCCCAGGGUACAUCCGGAUUGUCCACAAGAACCGGGCACAGACACUGACCAGAGACAGGGCAUUUGAGAACACCCUAAAGUCCUGGGAAGACAAGCAGAAGUGUGAGCUGCCCCGCCCGACGUCCUUCUCUCUGCAUCCGGAGAUGCUGUCCGAGGAAGAGGCCACCCAGAUGGACCAGUUUGGCCAGGCAGCUGGGGUCCUCAUUCGCAGUAUCCGGGAGAUAGCUCAGUCCCACCGAGACGUGGAACAGGAACUUGCUCAUGCCGUCAACGCCAGCUCCAAGUGCAUGGACCGAGUGUACGGCAAGCCCAGAACCACAGAGGGACUGAGCUGUAGCUUUGUCCUGGAAAUGGUGAAUAACUUCAGAGCUCUGCGCAGCGAGACAGAGCUGCUGCUGGCUGGAAAGAUGGCCUUGCAGCUGGAUCCCCCUCAGAAAGAGAGGCUUGGGAGCGCUCUCACUGAGAUGGACCGACAGCUCCGGAAGCUGGCGGACACCCCCUGGCUCUGCCAGCUCACAGAGCCAGGCGACGAGGAGAACACCAUGCUGGAUCUUUCUAAACGAAGCCGCAGUGGUAAAUUCCGCCUCGUGACCAAGUUUAAAAAGGAGAAAAACAACAGGAACAAAGAAGCUCACAGUAGCCUGGGCACCCCGGUUCACCUCUGGGGGACAGAGGAGGUUGCUGCCUGGCUGGAGCACCUCAGUCUCUGUGAGUAUAAGGACAUCUUCACACGGCACGACAUCCGGGGCUCUGAGCUCCUGCACCUGGAGCGGAGGGACCUCAAGGACCUUGGCGUGACCAAAGUGGGCCAUAUGAAGAGAAUCCUGUGUGGGAUCAAGGAGCUGAGCCGGAGCAGCCCUGCCGCCGAGGCCUAGCCUGCGCCCUCGUGGCCUGCGUGCCCAGCGCCUCCCGUGACUGAGGCCGCUGGCCCUUCCAUGGUGCUACCCCCUCGCCAGCCGCAGGAGGCCUCUCAGUGCCCACACGGCAGCCCUGGGGGCUUGGACAUGGCAACACAGCUACCUUAGAAACAAUGCCCCCAGCUCGGAGUCCUGGGGCAGAUGUGUCCCCUGCUGGGCCCUCGCUGACAGCACUCGGCACUCUCAGUCACUCUCAGUCGGGCCUCCCUGGCUCCUAGCGCCUGACCACGUGAUCCAGUCGUCCAGAGCCGACUCUCUGUGUCCUUCCUCUCCAGGCUCACAGCGUGGUUAGGGCUCUGCCUACAGCAGAAUGUUCCACCCUAUGGCUCCUCACGGUAGCCCUGCCAGGCAGCCCUGCUGUCGACCCUGUUUAAUAAUAGAUGUUCUUUUAAACAAAGAUCCUGCUCUUUCCUGGUUUGAAAGUGGCAUGGAUAUAUUUCCAGUACUGUUUAUUUUAAUUUGACCUAGAGAGAAAGAAAAAAGUCCUUCCUGCUUAAGCCAAGUCAGUGGUGUAAUGUUCCUCAGCUGACGUUUGCCUCAGGGCCCUCUGGUCAUCCCUGCAGCCUCUCUAGCCAUGGACAGGACACCAUAGGCCCGUGGAGGUCAGUUUGGGACUGUGAGAGAGACGGAUUUCCUCCAUCUCCUUGUGGACAGAGGGUGUUGGCAUCAGUUCAGUGUUUCUGUGUAGAAGCUUCCUGGGCCUGGGAACUGCUCUCUGCUCCUCCUGUGGCUCCCAUGCAGUGUGUCCCGGGACACAAGAGCCAUCUGGACCUUUCCUCCUGAUGGGCUGUUGAGGCCGAAGGCCGGUGCUGUCCUGUGAGUCUCUGCCCCUCAGUGGCUUCUCAUCUCUUGCUGCCGGCCUGGUGUCCCUGAAGGCGUUGCCAGUGUCCACACUGCUCCCGCCUUGCCUCUGUCCCCAGGUGUGAGCUCCAGGCUGGGCUGGUUCUGAACCAACAGGUGGCAGUGCCUGGGGUGGGGAGAGGGCAGCACCCGGGGGACAGUCCUCAGGUUGAGGGUGCUACUGGGCCCCACGGGCCCCACCUGCCCUUUCUUUCCCUUCACGGGGGCUAGAAACAUGACCUGGAAAGGGACUUCUUUAACCCAGCCCUGGUGCAGAAGUGGCUCUGGCCUGGCUGCCAGGCUGUGGCUCCAAACCCUGAAGAUGAGGGCAGUGUCAGUAGCAUCUGUGGGCAUCCAGCCUUUUAGUUUCUGUCACCUCAUCUGAAGUGCAAAGGAGCUGGGCGGGAGCCAUUCAGGCAUUGUCCAUCCACAGGCACCUGUAGCACUGGGCGGGGUCUGGGCAGGGUCCAGGCAGCAGGCUCAGCAAUGUUUUACCCCCACUCUCUCUGCAGCCUGUCUGCGUUCCCUGUCCCCCGGGUGGUCCCCCUGGCCAGGCCUGCGUCUGUGGCUUGGGGCACUCCCCUGGGUAGUUCUUCAGGGGCUGAGCCCGGGCCCUGUCUGUGAGAGUGGAGAGCAAGAUGGCACGUUUCUAGCUGCACCUGCCCCAGGCCCUGGGUUCUGUCACCGUGGCCACUCAUCCUUGCCUAUGGGGUUGUCGGCAUUAGGAUUUUUGGUUAGAGAAUCUCACAUGGGCUUCACUGCCUCAUUGGAUUCUGUCUGUCGCACGGCAGUCAUUCCCAGUGGAGGCAGAGCUAGGGCAGCCACAGAAGUCACUUGGUGGCACAGAGGAAAGGCUCCCAGGAUGGUGGAAGCCUGUCCUGCGUUCCCAGCACGAGUGGCCCUCUGGGACUCUGAGAUCCCAGAGCAGGCACUGGGACAGGCUGGGACUUGGGUGAAGAGGGGACAUGAGGAAGAACUGGCACUGGUAGCUUUGGGGGUACUACGGCCACCCCGAGUCCUUGGUGUUCUCUUAGGAAAGCAUUGGGUUUGGGUCAAGGGUAGUGUUUAAAAUAAACACGUCGUCAGUGAUUAAAACAGCACUGUUUACAUAAAAAACAUUUUUCUAAUUCUAACAAGAUAGAAGUGACAAAAAAUGAGCACGAAUGUUAAGGAACUGCUGGCUGGGUGUGGGGUAGGUGUCUCCACGCUGGGUGGUGUUCUGCUGUGGGGCUGCUUGACAGGCUUCACUGUCCUGUCCAUGUAGAGGAAGGAGGAAGGGGAGGAAGGGUCCCUGAAGAGUCUUUGUGCCCUCAGGUGGGGCAUUCUUACCCCCCCCCCCCCGUAUUUAUAACCUUAAUUUAUACAGUGACUGCCGUGGAUGCAAAUGCCUGUUAUAUCGUUAUGUACAUACGUAGUCCACACCCGAAUGCUGUAAAUAUGUUGUUCUGUGUAUAAAUAAAAAGGCCUGUUUUUG